CGGAAGUAGAAGAACUUGUGCUAAAUGGUGAGGCACGCAACUUGAAAAGAAAAACAAUGUUCUUUGCUUCAGCCACCCAAUUUUGUGUUCCUACGCCUAAGGUAAGGUCCCCUUUAUAAUACCAUCCCCAUAAACUCAUGGGGGCACACAACUCUCAGCAUUAGCAGUACCACUUGCUAGCUUCUGCUACACAAGCAAACCCAUAGGAUACACACCUGAGAGUAAUGGCGGACCUUGCAAUCGGGAUUUCCAGGACGGCGGUUCAGUUGCUGGCGGACAAAGUCAGGACCGCCAUCAAGGAGGAGGCAGAGCAGUGGCAGAUUGUGCAGCGUGAUCUCGUGUUCAUCACGGGGGAGUUCGAGAUGAUGCAGUCCUUCCUCAACGUCGCCGACGCGGAGCGCGUCAGGAACGAUGUUGUGUGGACCUGGGUGAGGCAGGUCCGCGACCUCUCCUAUGACACGGAGGACUGCAUUGAGUUCGUCCUCCAACUGGACACAAAGAAGAGGUCCUGGUGGCUCCGGCUGUUGCCGUCUUGUGGCAAGACGGAAGCAGCGCUGCCAGUGGACGAAGCCGUCGCCAAGACAACACUGCUGAGGGCUCGAGUGGUGGACGUGAGCCAGAGGAACAUACGCUACAACCUUAUUGUAGACUCUGGCUCCAGACCCAUCAAUCAGCAGGUUCAAAGGGCUGCUGCCUCCAGCAAAGGUUCAUUUGACAUUCUCACCAAUGCUGUUAAGAAGACUGGCCCCUUGGAUCUUCCCGGAUUGAUCACUAGGGAAGGCGAGGACCUUCAAGUGAUCUCGGUCUGCGGACCAGAAGGUGAUCUUGGGAAAGUAGCCAUCAUCAGGAAGUUGUACGGUGAUUCAAGAAUCUACAAGGAAUUUGAAUGCCGCGCCUGGGUGAAGCUUAUGGAGCCUUUUAAUGCUCAUGAGUUUAUACGGACCUUGAUGAUUCAGUUCUUCGCACACUCUUUCUGCAGCCAAGAACAACAAGAAGGAAGCAUAAAGGAGUCUGCUCAUAAAAUCAACACACAUAGGUACCUCAUCGUCCUUGAAGACCUAUAUACCAUGGCACAGUUGGAUACCAUCAGAUCCUACCUGCCGGACAUGAAGAAAGGAAGCCGGAUUGUCGUGUUAACCCACCAGCCGGUGAUCGCAAGCCUAUGCGCGGGGGAGCCGUGUCGAGUUUUUGAGCUCGUCCAGUUUUCACCAUAUCACUCUGUCCGCGUCUAUUUCAAAGAGGGUUUCCAGCAUGAUAGAGUCUAUUCCUUUAUAAAGGAAGAACCCGACCAGUCAUUGUGCAAGUAUGGCCUUCUCGGACGUGACACUGAAGUGGGUGCACUUUUUGAGCAAAUCCAGGAAGGUCGUCUUAUUUCUUUGUGGGGAAUGCCUGGUGUUGGUAAAUCAGGACUCGUUUGGGACAUCUACUGCAAAUGGCGGACUAGUAAUAAUUCAUGGAAGCAUGCUUGGGCCAGUGUUUCCAAUCCAUUCAAUCCCACAGACUUCUCCCGAAAUUUACUUCUGAAUUUACUUCCGAAAUCAACUUCUUCGGAGGAAAGAUAUUCUAAAGCACAUCAGGCAAAAGAUCCCAUCCAAGAAUGUCGACACCUUCUACAUGAACAUGUGUACCUAGUCAUAAUUGAUGGUUUGCAGUUCGAGGAAGAUUGGGAUUGGAUAAAAUCUAACUUGAUAGGAAGCGGAGGUUCAAGAAGCUGUAUCAUCACCAUUACUUCGGAAGAAAGUGUUGGCAAACAUUGUGCAGUAUCAUCAAACAAUGCAGUAGUGCACAAUAUCAAAGGUCUUGAAGCUGAUGCAGCCCUUGAACUGUUCAAAAAGGUGCUGGAGGAGAAUGCAUGCUAUCUGGGACGGCGUAUGGUAAUUACAGCAGACCUUUUUAUCUUGUCCAAGUGUGGCGGGCUUCCCAAAGUGAUAGUUACUUUGGCAAGAUACUUGGCCAGCAGACCAAGCAAAGACGUACUCGAGCAGGAGAUGAGGCGUCUGAGUGACAACUUUAUGCACGAGCUAGAGACCAACCCAGAGUUUGAUUCCUUACGUGGCAUACUUGCCUGGAUGCAUUCUUACUUGCAUGCUUGCCCUCGGCAUCUCAAGAAAUGCAUGCUUUAUCUAUCGGUCUUUCCUCAAGACAGGAUCAUCCGGAGGAGGCGUUUGGUGAGGCGGUGGAUCGCGGAGGGCUACUCAAAGGGCACCGACAGCAUUAGCAUGGAGAAGUACGCGGAGAAGCUUUUUGACGAGGUUGCUGCACUGAGCAUCGAUAUCAUGCAGCCAGUACUGAAGGCAACAAGUAAGGUUAUUGGGUACCGAGUCAAUGGUUUCUUCCGCGAGUAUAUCAUCUCGCGGCCGGUGGAAGAGAGAGUUUUCUUUCCAGUGGAAGUCUCUGCACUGGAGAAGGGGCAUGGCCAGCUGACCACAGAAGCCAUAGGACAGCACCUAGCUGUUGGGGAUUCCUGGGACAAUGACCGGUUUGUGUUCGAGGGUUUGGACUUCUCACGGCUACGGUCUUUGACAAUGUUUAUACUUUUUAAGCCAUGGUACGUCUCGGACAGGAUGAGGGUGCUUCGGGUGCUGGAUCUAGAGAAUGCAGUGGAUGUAUGGAAUUCUCAUUUUGAGGCGAUAGGGAAGCUGCUGCCUCGUCUGAAGUUCCUCUCGCUAAGAGGACAGAGGGAAGUCUCGCGAGUGCCAGAUUCCGUGGGUGAGCUGAUGCAGCUGCAAACUCUGGAUAUCAGAGACACCUCUAUAGUCGCGCUACCACCAUGCAUCACCCGGCUACAGAAGCUGCAGUACAUUCGUGCAGGUACCACCAUAGCGUUCACGCAAGAUGACAGCUUGUCCUCGGGGGAGCAUUCGACUCCAUUGAGUAGGAGGUCAAACGCUAUGGCGUCCCGCUUGCUUGCCAGAUUCAGCAGACGUGGACCUGAUGGCUCUUGCAGGAAUGGUGUUGAGGUGCCAAGAGGGAUCGCGAGACUGAAAGCCUUGCAGACGCUUGGUGCUAUACAUGUAAAUACUGCAGGGGAUGCCACUUUUAAUGAGAUCGAUUCCCUUCUCUCUCGCGACCAGUUGAAGAAACUCGAAUUGUUCAGGAUCAACCGCAAAACCAGCAUUUGGAAUCAUUGGAGCAGUUUACAUAUGGCACAGCAUUUGGAAUCAUUAUCUUUGCAGUUUGAGAAGAGCGAUCAUUUUGUUCAUUGGGACUACAUCUCCCUUCCCAGAAGCCUACGGAGCCUAAAGAUGCACGGCCAUGUAGAGCAGGUCCCACCAAGUAUCAGGGAUCUUGGUAUUCUCGUGAAGCUGACUUUAGAGAAGACUACACUGUUCACAACAGGUGAGAUAAAGGUCAUCGGGAGCUUACCAAGUCUGCGUACUCUGCGCCUCCGUGUCAAUAAAGAUCAAGAUGGCGAGCUCCAAUUUCACUCUGGCCUUUUCAGCAAACUCGAGGUCCUCGAGAUUGCCUGCAAAUGGAAAUUACGUGUAAGGUUUGACAUUGAUGCAAUGGAAAAGCUUGAGCAGCUGAAGAUUCACUGCCUUCAGGGGUCGGAGAUGCAGUUCUCUGGGUUAGAGCACCCGGUUUCCCUCAAGCAAGUCUGGCUUAUGGGUUCCUUCGACGACGCACUCAAGGUAGCAUUGGGGCAGCAACUUGUCAAGCAUCUGAAGAAACCUGCUCUGAAACUGGAGGUUGAGCCACGUUCGUCCCAGGAGUCGUCCGAGGAGUCGAACUAAGGGAAGUCCGACACUCCAACUUGCAGGUUUGGAAGACGACACGCUAGCUGAUCAUCCUAAGAAAUCAGUUUUGAAGCUGCAGGGAGCCAUGUUUUAUCCUGAUGGCCUGGCGGGUAUUUACUGAAGUUCGAGAUGCUGACUGCCAGCCGUCGCCCAAUCCAGUAUUCUCAGCCGAGAAGGAUUAGCUCCAAGUCUCUUGUCUGGGUCGUGUAACUGUCUCUUACUGUCAUUAGUAGAAACCAUUACCUGUUUUUUACCUCGAAAGCGUAGUAGAGCUGUGUAUCAUUAUAAUAAAGAAGCAGAAAACAAUACUGUAUGCUAAUGAACACACUGAAAUUUUAUAUUGGUCUAUAUGUACCAAUAAGGCUCUUGUGUCU